UUUGCAACAAAAGACGCCGCACUGUCGGCCUCACGGCUUCUUAAACGACAAAUUUGAACCGCAUAGAUUCAACAUGACCAAAGUUUCUCUUCCUCGGCUUCUAUUCUUGCAUCGCCAUACCAGCCUGUCGGAAUGGCAAACGAAACAUUGUCUCGCUUACUUUUAAUUGCAGUUGCGGCAACCGUUCAGCCUCUAGCUGCAUCUUCCAGGCCUAUCUGUUCAGAGGCCGAGUGCAAAAGCCCGACCUCAAGGUUUCGGAGUGACCGGUGGCAAUGCUGUCAGGAAGCUGGAAGAGGCGUACAGAGAGGCAACGCUUCCGUCCUACGACUAGUGGCUCUCGAUAAUACGUCGUACUGCCCAGACGAACCACCCUGAUUUGUAUGACGGGUCGAUCGGUGGUGAUCCUACCAGUAAACCACAUUGA